AUGAAAAAAGAAAAAACUGAAAUUGAUAAUGAUGAAUGGAAAUAUUUUAAAACAAUUGAUGGAACUAAUCGAUCAACAUUACAAUUGUUUGGAAAUAAAACUUAUCUUAUUUUACAGAAAUCUUUUGACCCAUGCUUCGAAUAUACAAUUAUUAUCGAUAUUUUUAUUGUCACUUUACUAUCAGUAAAUGAACAAAUAACAUUAAUUACAUUAAAUUCACAAACUAAAAUUUCUCUUACAUACGAUAAUCAUCUUUGUCUAUCAAUUGAUUAUGAAACAAAUAUGAAAACUGAAUCAAUGCUCAACUUCGAUAACUAUGUACGUUUGCUUAUUUCAGUUCAAGAAAAAUCAAUGAAAAUUUAG